AGGAAGUAAAUCUUUGUCAUAUGGUUUGGAGGAGGAGUUCAGUACGAACUGGGAAGUGUCGAGAUUGGUGUGGAGUUGAAGUCACCUUCAGUAACAGUGUGCUGCUCAGUGUGACCAGAUACAAUGAUGGACAAGUUUGUCAUCAGGCGAUCAAAGAACACUGGUAAUCCCAAGUCAGAACAGUGUGAGGUCAGAAAGCAGACAGAUUGUCAAACAGUGAACGAUGCAACGGCAGAGAGUCCAAGGAAGAAACUGAAAAGCUGGGCGGGUGAAAGUAAAAGAACAGAACUGACACCCCUCUUAAAUGAGCAAGGCUUGCUGAGAGAUUUUGACUGUUCUUGGAAGCAGCUCAGAGCGGAGGGACUGAAUUGUGAUUAUACCAAAAUAUUCACCAAAUCUGAGGCGGAUGACAUAUUUUUGCAGUUGGAGAAAGAGCUGGAGUACUUUUCAGGUGAACAGACAAAAGUGCAGGUGUUUGGGAAAUGGCACAAUAUUCCACGUAAACAGGUGACUUACGGGGACCUUGGCCUGACCUACACUUACUCAGGAGUGACCCUGACCCCUAAACCUUGGCUUCCUGUGCUGGAGAUGAUCAGAGCCCGAGUCAUGCAGGCUACAGGACACGUGUUCAACUUUGUGCUGAUCAACAGGUACAAAGAUGGAUGUGAUCACAUCGGGGAGCACCGUGAUGACGAGAAGGAACUGGAGCCUCUCAGCCCCAUCGCAUCAGUCUCCUUCGGCUCCUGCAGGGACUUCAUCUUCCGUCAUCGGGACUCGCGGGGGAAAAGUGCGACUCGCCGCCUGGAGCCGGUGAAGCUGCUUCUGGGUCACGGCAGCCUGCUGAUGAUGAACUACCCGACCAACAUCUACUGGUACCACAGCCUGCCUGUCCGCAGGAACGUGCUGGGCCCGCGCAUCAAUCUGACCUUCCGCAAGGUUCUGCCUCCGAUGAAGGCGAACUGAGAGCAUUGCUGUCAGCACUGUGCCCUGAGUGAGGACAAUUGAUUGUCAACUCUUCCUUGUCUAUCUGUUUCUAAAUUCUCUCCCUUUUUCACUCAACUUACUGGGCUUAGAUCUGAUGGCAGUGUCAGCUCUGCUGCUACUUUAACCCAGCAGUCUUGUGGACGAGGCCCAGUCUGGGGAUCCUUUCGUACUGCCUUGCAGAAGGGCAGGGGGCUAGCUCCAGUUCAACAACAUCACAAAAAUACUCAGUCACUUCCCCAUUACUGACAGUGGGAUCUUCCCGUGUGCAGAUUGGCUACCCCUUUUUCCCCGCACAGUGACUGCGCCACAAAACCACUUGAUAAAGGGUGAAGGACUGUGUGACGUUCUGAGGCUGUCAGAGGUGCUUUAUAAAUGUACAGCUUUUGUUUUAUUUUUGUGGUAGUGUAGCCUUGAUAGCAAUUGUCCCUUGGUAUGUAGUUAGAGGGCUUUACAGCUCUUAGUCAUGACUGUCAUCCCUUACUGCUACAGGCACUUGAUGGGAUUGAGGGGAGAACUGCACCCCCCCCCACCCCCCCAGCACUAACAAAUCAAUGGGACAAUCCCAAACACUUGCUGAAACUGAUCUAACAACAACCGAGUCAAGCUCAUAACUCUAUUUGUAGGACUGGGUUGACAUUGAGCAGCAGUCGGACUUAUACUAAUAAAAGUUGUGUUAUCGAUUUUCUUUUAAAAUAAUCUGGUCCCUCUUAACUUUUGAGAAUAUUUUUAUGGCAGGAACUGAUGAGACCAAUAACAGCACAUGACUCAAACACACAUUAAUUAUCAAUAGUUUUAUUGUGAGCAAUGUGGAUUAUUUUGAGGGGCUCCCAUUGACUGUGAGCAAGUAGAACAGUGGUGAACCUCCCUCGUUGUCUUUUUUAUUAGUUUUACAUAUUUCCUAAUCAGCCCAUUUGAUGUUAUUUACACAUCUCUGGAGUAGGUAAGGUUUGAACACAGGCCUCCUAGCCCAAAUACAGGGACACUAACACUGCACCACAAGAGCCCAGAGCAGCAGUUUUAAAUCUUUGUGCCUGUUUCUUUUAAUGCAUGAAAUUUCAGUGGAAAACCAUUUUUGCUUUGCAGAUGCCUCAUUACCCUGCUAGGUAACAUCAGUUGAGCUCAACGGACACCAAAGUUUAAAAACCAGGCAGAAAAACACAACAGCGCUUCAUCGGAGGCUGCACUGAUGAUGUUACCCAGCCGGGUAAUGAAACGUCUGUGGAACAACGAACUAGCUUGGCAAGCCAAGAGCCAAACAACUACAACCCGAGCUACAAAUCUACUCUAAAACGUCAGAAACCAGCUUUAGCACCAGCUGCUGUAGAAUAGGAAUGUCAGUAUCCUAUCUGUGUGUGCAUUUUACCUAAGAAUUACACACUGCUGUAAUAUUACCUUUUAUUCUAUGCAGGCUCAAUCCCUGUCCAGAUUAACUCUAAAUUCUUACAGAUAUUUGCUACUCUGCAAUUUAUACCCUGUUGCCUUGUGUACUUUGGUAUUCAGUUUCGCUUUGGGUUCUCAGAGGAAAUUUCUGUUCCAACCAACUUCUGUCUCAUAACAGCACCAUUAGAUGCGUAUUAGCUCCAGGCAUGAGGCCACUCCCAGCCUGUACAGAACACCUGAGGGAGCCAUCAGAUAAUGCUAUGUUACUAACAUAGCCACUUGCCAUACAAAUGCCUCUACCUCUUUGUCUGAAGAAUGCCGAUUUCCCUGAGUUUUAACCUAGCGAUACCUAUACUGUCUGUACAUGUGUCCUUCCCAGCAUAGUCAAGUGAGAACUGUUGAUUGCAUUUUGUUUUGAGGAGCAUGAAGACAAAUGGUAGUUGUGCUAACUAACUUAGUGCUCUAAGAUUGGUUUUCUUAACGCAUUACAAAAAAAGUGCAUUAUGAAGGACACAGCUGGCUGCAGCUUGUUAAAUUACAAUAAACAAGAUAAUUCAUUUUC